AAAGUGUUGUGGUCUGGUCCCAGAGCAUUCCUGUCACUCAAGGUCAGAGAGGUGGGGCUUGAGGCUAUCCAGUCCGGGAUGCUCCAAAGUGAACUGACCAAUGAGACGCACAGCCAGAAAGAAGGAGGCGGGUCCAGCGAUCGGAGCAGAUUUUGUCUCUUCUGCUGGGCCCUGAGCUGGUGUCCGCUUUUCAGCUGUUGCUACUCCGGGAGUAUCUAGGUGUCUCUGCAGCAGCUCUGUCAGCCUGUGACCUGCAGGUACUGGAAGAUCUGUAGGGAGGACGCCGGGACAUCCGGAAGCUGGGAAAUGGGAAUGUUCACAUUCAAGGACGUGUCUAUAGAGUUCUCUAUGGAUGAGUGGGCCUGCCUGGACCCUACUCAGCACACUUUGUAUCGGGACGUCAUGUUGGAAAUCUACAGACACCUGGUCUUCCUAGGUCUUGCUGUCUCUAAGCCAGACCUCAUCACCUGUCUGGAGCAAAGCAAAGAACCCUGGAUGGUGAAGACUCACCAGACAGUAGUCAAGCACCCAGAUGUAUCUAAUCAUUCUACCCAAGACCAUUUCCAAGAGCUGGGCACAAAUAUAUUAUACCCAGAGAUAACACUGAGAAGAUAUCAAAGCUGUGGCCUGGAUAAUUUAAACUUAACAAAAGACUGGGAAAGUGUUUAUGAAUGUACUCAGCAGAAAGUAUGUUACAGUGGAUGUGACCAAUGUUUAACAGCUAGCCAUGGCAAAGUCUGCCAAUGUAGUAAAUAUACGAGAGUCUUUAGACAUUUGUCAAAUCUAAAUAGACAUAAGAUGAUAUAUGCCACAGAGAAAACUUUUCAGUAUAAAAAGUAUGGGAAAGCCUAUAACCACUGCUCACACUUUACUAAAUGUAAGAUAAUGCAUACUGGAGAAAAACAGUACAAAUGUAAAGAAGGUGGCAAAGUCUUUAAAUUUUGCUCAAGCCUAUCUAACCAUAAGAAACUCCACCCUGGGGAGAAACUGUAUAAGUUUAAAAAUUAUGGGGAAUGUCUUAGGCACAGAUCAAAAUAUUAUAACCAUAAGAGUAUUAAUACUGGAAGAAAAGCCUACAACUAUAAAGAAUGUGAUGAACUUACCAAUCAGUACUCACAUCUUUCUGCACAUGAAAGAAUUUAUUCUGGAGAGAAACCCUACAAAUGUCAAGAAUGUGGCAAAGCCUUUAAGUGGUACUCAAUCCUUUCUGUACAUCAAAGAAUUCAUUCUGGAGAGAAACCCUACAAAUGUCAAGAAUGUGGCAAAGCCUUUAAGUGGUACUCAAUCCUUUCUGUACAUCAAAGAAUUCAUUCUGGAGAGAAACCCUACAAAUGUCAAGAAUCUGGCAAAGCCUUUAACCGGUGCUCAAACCUUUCUGUACAUCAAAGAAGUCACUCGGGAGAAAAACCUUACAAAUGUGAAGAAUGUGGCAAAGCCUUUAAGCAGUACCCAAAUCUUUCUAAACAUAAAAGAAUUCAUUCUCGAGAGAAAACCUACAAAUGUCAAGAAUGUAGCAAAGCCUUUAACCGGCACUCAAUCCUUUCUGUACAUCAAAGAAUUCAUUCUGGAGAGAAACCCUACAAAUGUGAAGAAUGUGGCAAAGCCUUUAAGCAGUACCGAAGUCAUUCUACACAUAAAAGAAUUCAUUCAGGAGAGAAACCCUACAAAUGUCAAGAAUGUGGCAAAGCCUUUAAUGAUAUUUCAACCCUUACUAAACAUCAAAGAAUUCAUUCCGGGGAGAAACCCUACAAAUGUGAAGAAUGUGGCAAAGCCUUUAACCGGCACUCAAACCUUUCUGUACAUCAAAGAAUUCACUCGGGAGAAAAAUCCUACAAAUGUGAAGAAUGUGGCAAAGCCUUUAAGCAGUACUCAAGUCUUUGUAGACAUAAAGGAAUUCAUUCUGGAGAGAAACCCUACAAAUGUCAAGAAUGUGGCAAAGCCUUUAAGUUGUACUCAAUCCUUUCUGUACAUCAAAGAAUUCAUUCUGGAGAGAAACCCUACAAAUGUCAAGAAUGUGGCAAAGCCUUUAACUGGCACUCAAACCUUUCUGUACAUCAAAGAAGUCACUCGGGAGAAAACCCUUACAAAUGUGAAGAAUGUGGCAAUGCCUUUAAGCAGUACCGAAGUCUUUCUAGACAUAAAAGAAUUCAUUCUGGAGAGAAACCCUACAAAUGUCAAGAAUGUGGCAAAGCCUUUAAUGAUAAUUCAACCCUUACUAGACAUCAAAGAAUUCAUUCUGGGGAGAAACCCUACAAAUGUCAAGAAUGUGGCAAAUCCUUUAAUGAUAAUUUAACCCUUACUAGACAUCAAGGAAUUCAUUCUGGGGAGAAACCCUACAAAUGUCAAGAAUGUGGCAAAGCCUUUAAUGAUAAUUCAACCCUUACUAAACAUCUAAGAAUUCAUUCUGGGGAGAAACCCUACAAAUGUCAAGAAUGUGGCAAAGCCUUUACGCAGCACUCCAUCCUUUCUCAACAUCAAAGAAUUCAUUCUGGAGAGAAACCCUACAAAUGUCAAGAAUGUGGCAAAGCCUUUAAGCAGCACUCCAUCCUUUCUCAACAUCAAAGAAUUCAUUCUGGAGAGAAACCCUUCAAAUGUCAAGAAUGUGGCAAAGCCUUUAAGUGGUACCCAAAUCUUUCUAAACAUAAAAGAAUUCAUUCUGGAGAGAAACCCUACAAAUGUCAAGAAUGUGGCAAAGCCUUUAAGCAGUACCCAAGUCUUUCUAGACAUAAAAGAAUUCAUUCUGGAGAGAAACCCUACAAAUGUGAAGAAUGUGGCAAAGCCUUUACUCUGCGUUCAUCCCUUUCUGUACAUAGAAGAAUUCAUUCUGGAGAGAAACCCUACAAAUGUCAAGAAUGUGGAAAAGCCUUUAUCUGGUACUCAAAACUUUCUGUACAUAGAAGAAUUCAUUCUGGAGAGAAACACUAUAAAUGUGAAGAAUGUGGCAAAGCCUUUAAACAGCACUCAGAACUUUCUGCACAUCGAAGAAUUCAUUCGGGAGAAAAACCCUACAAAUGUGAAGAAUGUGGCAAAGCCUUUAAGCAGUACCCAGGUCUUUCUACACAUAAAAGAAUUCAUUCUGGAGAGAAACCCUACAAAUGUGAAGAAUGUGGCAAAGCCUUUAAGUACUACUCAAGUGUUUCUACACAUAAAAUAAUUCAUUCUGGAGAGAAACCUUACAAAUGUGCAGAAUGUGGCAAAGCCUUUAAGCAGUACCCAAGUCUUUCUCAAAAUAAAAGAAUUCAUUCUGGAGAGAAACCCUACAAAUGUGAAGAAUGUGGCAAAGCCUUCAUCUGUUACUCAAAACUUUCUGUACAUAGAAGAAUUCAUUCUGGAGAGAAACCCUACAAAUGUCAAGAAUGUGGCAAAGCCUUUAACCAGCACUCACACCUUUCUGUGCACCAAAGAAUUCAUUCUGGAGAGAAACCUUACAAAUGUGAAGAAUGUGGCAAAGCCUUUAAGCAGUACCCAAGUCUUUCUCAACAUAAAAGAAUUCAUUCUGGAGAGAAACCCUACAAAUGUGAAGAAUGUGGCAAAGCCUUUACUCUGCGUUCAUCCCUUUCUGUACAUAGAAGAAUUCAUUCUGGAGAGAAACCCUACAAAUGUGAAGAAUGUGGAAAAGCCUUUAUCUGUUACUCAAAACUUUCUGUACAUAGAAGAAUUCAUUCUGGAGAGAAACCCUACAAAUGUCAAGAAUGUGGCAAAGCCUUUAAUGAUAUUACAACCCUUACUAGACAUCAAAGAAUUCAUUCUGGGGAGAAACCCUACAAAUGUGAAGAAUGUAACAAAGCCUUUAACCGGUACACAACACUUUCUAGACAUCAAAGAAUUCAUUCUGGGGAGAAACCCUACAAAUGUGAAGAAUGUGGCAAAGCCUUUAAUGAUAAUUCAACCCUUACUAAACAUCAAAGAAUUCAUUCUGGGGAGAAACCCUACAAAUGUGAAGAAUGUGGCAAAGCCUUUAAACAUCACUCACACCUUUCUGAACAUCAAAGAAUUCACUCGGGAGAAAAAUCCUACAAAUGUGAAGAAUGUGGCAAAGCCUUUAAGCAGUACCCAAGUCUUUCUCAACAUAAAAGAAUUCAUGCUGGAUAGAAACCCUACAAAUGUCAAGAAUGUGGCAAAGCCUUUAACCGGCACUCAAUCCUUUCUCAACAUCAAAGAAUUCAUUCUGGAGAGAAACCCUACAAAUGUGAAGAAUGUGGCAAAGCCUUUAAGCAGUACCCAAGUCUUUCUAUACAUAAAAGAAUUCAUUCUGGAGAGUAACCAUACAAAUGUCAAGAAUGUGGCAAAGCCUUUAAGUGGUACUCAAUCCUUUCUGUACAUCAAAGAAUUCAUUCUGGAGAGAAACCCUACAAAUGUGAAGAAUGUAACAAAGCCUUUAACCGGUACACAACACUUUCUAGACAUAAAAGAAUUCAUUCUGGAGAAAAACCUUACAAAUGUGGAGAAUGUGGCAAAGCCUUUAAGAAUAGUUCAACCCUGACUAAACAUCCGAGAAUUCAUUCUGGAAUGAAACCCUAGAAAUGUGAAGAAUGUGCCAAAGCCUUUACUCUGAGUUCAUCCCUUUUUGCACAUCAAAGAAUUCAUUCUGGAGAGAAACCCUACAAAUGUGAAGAAUGUGGAAAAACCUUUAACUGGUACUCACACCUUUCUGUGCACCAAAGAAUUCAUUCUGGAGAGAAACCCUACAAAGUCAAGAAUGUGGUAAAACCUUUAAUUAGUGUGUAACCUUUCUAAAAUACAAGAAUUCAUUCAAGGGAGAAACCUUAUAAAUAUGAACACUGUGGCAAACCCUUUAUUCACAUUCAAACCUCACUGUACAUAAAAUAAAUCAUACAGGACAGAAACCCUACAAAUAUGAAGAAUGUGGAAGUAUCCUUACCUGGUGUUCAUGGCUUGCUAAGGAUAAAAGAAUUCACAAUGAAGAGAAAUUCUACAAAUGUGAACAGUGUGGUAAUGCCUUUUACUGGAGCUCAAACCUUACAACACAUAAGAAAAUUCAGAUUGGAAAGAAAUUUUACAAAUGCGAAUGAUGUGGCAAAAAUUUUCAGUGGUCUUCAGCCCUUAGUAAAACAUAAGAGAAAUCAUAGCAGAGAAAAACGGUAACAUUAUGAAGAUGUUAUGCCAGUAGUGACAGUUUUUUUACAUAAUAGAAUUCUUUUUGUUUUUUGUGACAGUGGCUUACUAUGUCACCGUCGGUAGAGUGUUGUGACAUCACAGCUCACAGCAACCUCCAGCUCUUGGGCUUAGGCAACUCUCCUGCCUCAGCUUCCCAAGUAGCUGGGACCACAGGCACUGGCCACAAUGCCUGGCUAUUUUUUGUCGCAGUUUGGCCAGGGCCGGGUUCAAACCCGCCACCUUCAGUAUAUGGGGCUGGCACCCUACCCACUGAGCCACAAGCACUACCCCACAAAAAAAUUAUUGAAUAAAAACUCUACAAAUGUGAAGAACUUAAGAAGUGUUUAACUUGUCCUCAAACCAUUCUAUAUAUGAAAACUUUAUAUAACAGAGAAAAAUCCCUACAAAUUUGAAGUGUCAAAUCCUAUAAUCUCACACAUUUCAGUACCUAACAGAAUUCCUAGCAAAAUUCUAUAUAUGUGAAGAGUGAGAAAAUGUUUUUAAAUAUUCCUCACACUUUUCUAAUCAUAAUUCAUAUGGAAGAAAUACUCUAGAAAUCUCAAUCAUGUCUCAAGGCCUUAAAAUUUUGUUUAUACUGUUCAAUAGGUCUAAGGAGAGACAAGGGGAAAUGAUAAAUGAUACUGGGAAUUUUUUUGUCCUUAACAAGAGAAACACAUUAACUAGGGGGGCCUUCCAUGGAAAAAACGUUGGCAUUUGAAGAAAGCUUCCAAAACCUGAUGUUUUCCCUACAAAAAAUGGGCCUCAGAGGUAGAGAGGCCACAAUGUGGAGAUAUGAACAAGGCCAGAAAAAGGGAUCUUUGAAGCAGGUAUACAAUUAAGGUGAUGGCAGCUGCAAGUGACCUAUUUUCUAUAGUAUAAUAAAAUUCACACCACUUCUAUCACACUUUACAAAUAAAACGACAACAUGUGGAUAUGGAUUAUAGGGAUAGAAAUGGGAGGACUCUCCAUUCUGGAAGAUUUUUCCCUUUCCAGGAAAAAUCAUGAAUAUUUUACCCCCAUACCACUUAACAUAGAAUUGGAAAAUCUCUAUAAAGGGGAAAAAUCUUACUAAACCCAAGGUCUUCUCUACAUGAAAAUGUAGUGUCUUCCUUCUCUAGAGUGUCCUUUAAUAAACUGACCUUUUGUUUA